AUGUCUGUGGAACAACAACGAAGAUCUUCCGGAGGACUUGUUCAGUCUCUACUUCUUCAUCUUCCAAUCUGUGGUCAUGUGGUUCAUCAUGUUUGGGACAACAAGAACCUUGAGGAGAGCAAUGCGAAAAGGAAUCCUACUGACGAUAGUCCACAACAUGACAUUGCUAUUGUCGGUGGUGGAAUGGUUGGAAUCGCUUUAGCUGCUUCUUUGGCUAGCAAGCCAUUGACUAAGCACUUGAGUGUUGCUAUUAUUGACAACAAUCCUCUUUUGGGGAGAAAAAAUACCAUUGAGAGAGGGCACCCACCUGAUCCCAGAGUCAGUACCGUCACUCCUGCGACAAUAUCCUUCCUCAAAGAUAUUGGUGCCUGGAAAUACAUUGAAGAGCAGCGACAUGCCUAUUUUGACAAAAUGCAGGUCUGGGACUACACGGGCCUUGGAUAUACAAGAUACAAUGCUAAAGAUGUUGAUCAAGAUAUUUUGGGGUGUGUUGUGGAGAAUAAAGUUCUUCAGAGUUCUCAGCUAUCUUGUGUACAGGAAUCAGAUCUCCAGAAGACUAUCUAUCCAGCGAGGUUAAACUCAAUGGAUAUGUUACCUAGUUCUUCCUUGACUGGUCUUGGUGAAGUACCAUCCACAAAAGAUUUGUUUAUGCGAGGACGCCUUGCGAAGCUGGAGCUAAACGAUGGUAAUAACGUCUAUGCAAAACUGGUGGUAGGUGCCGACGGGUCUAAGUCUCGAGUGAGGGAGCUGGCAGGGAUCAAAACAACUGGAUGGAACUACUCUCAGAACGCUAUAAUUUGUACAGUUGAGCACACUGUCGAAAACUUCACUGCGUGGCAACGGUUUUUACCCAAUGGACCCAUCGCGCUUCUUCCCAUUGGUGACAAGUUUAGCAACAUAGUCUGGACUAUGGAUCCAACAGAGGCGUCAGAUCGCAAGUCGAUGAGCGAGGAUGACUUCAUCAAAGCUGUAAACGAUGCUCUGGAUUAUGGAUACGGUCCACAUCCAGAGACAACAAGUUCAGGGGGUAGUAGUCUCUCCUGGCUUACAGGAGAUGUGAACAUAUCUGCCAAGGAGAGGUUUGAGACUCCACCAAAGGUGUUGAAGCUUUCUUCAGAAAGAAUGAUGUUUCCUUUGUCUUUAAGGCAUGCAAAAGACUAUGUGUCAAACCGUGUGGCUCUCGUGGGUGACUCAGCUCAUACUGUUCACCCAUUAGCCGGCCAAGGAGUUAAUCUAGGAUUUGCAGAUGCGUGUGCUCUCUCCAGAGCUAUAGCAGAAGGCAUUGCUCUUGGUACCGAUAUAGGCGAGGCGAAUCUGCUCAAACGGUAUGAAGCCGAGAGAAAACCUGCAAAUAUAGCAAUGAUGGCGGUCUUAGAUGGAAUCCAGAAGAUGUACGCAGUGAAUUUUGGACCUUUGAAUGCACUCAGAGCGGCUGCGUUUCACGGGGCACACUACAUUUCGCCGCUUAAGAAGCGUAUCAUAUCAUAUGCUUCAGGAGAGCAGUCUUUGCCACUCUUUUCUUGA